CGCAUGUCCCGAAUGAGCAACGAUCGACGAAUAUCGUAAAACAAUGGGGCGGAUUUACUCCACAGUCGGACACCUGAUGACCCACUGGCAAGUGGCAGUACAUGCAUGAUGCAGUAUACAUAGAGCCUCACAUUUCCACAUGAUGUUGUCAUUGUCAAGAACGAAACGUUUACCAGCGUGAACAUGAAAUCUCUACGAACCACAUUAGCUUUCACUGUGUCCUCGCUCGCAGCAGCACAGUGGCUCGACGACAAAGCCCUUGGAUCCUGCCGCGAUAUCGAAUGCCCAGGGACAAACCUUGAUGCAUGUCCCGUCAGCAACCAGACGUAUGUCAAUAUUGGCGUAGACACCUUUCCCUACAACUCUUCCAGCUCUCAAUCGAACAACCUGACGUGGACAAUCGGGGUCCAUGUCUACGACGUCGACGAUCCAGAUGACGGCCUCCCCCGCGUCGUAGAAAAGGCAUUCUUCCUUGGGACACCAGAGGGUCUCAAUCUUACCACAAAUACUGACCGGGGAGGAUGCGCGGUUCUUAUGGAAACAUACGAUCUUUUGCAGAAUAGUCGCACGCCGAUACGACAGAGAUGCGAGCAGACUAUUGGAGAGGGAUGUCAUAAGGAGCUGCAAGACAACGUGCUCAGCUUCGCCAAAGAUCAAGGAAACCAGUUCAAUGGCUCGAGUGACGCGUGUGACGGGUUAGAACAGUAUCUCUGGACUGUCUCUGGAGAUGGCUCGAAAUGCGCGUUUGACUGGAGGAAGGUGCACUAUAUUCCAUUGAUUGGCCCUUCUGCUCCGAAAGCCCUCACUGAAGAGCAGAACUCAACAACGGAAUGCUAUCCCACACGACCGACUACAAACGAUCUAACUCUCGUGCAAAACUGGAACAACUCGGGCACUAUCUGGUAUAACGACACUACAGACAUGUUGAACAGCCUUAAUCUUGCGUUGACAGUGUUUUGGGAUAAGAACGGCGACGCGGAUGUCAAAACACAAGAUUCGCAUGUGAGCUGUCUGUGGCCCCUCUACGAGUCAGUGGGAUCGGACAAGAAUAAGAAUUCCGGUUCGGGGCCAAAAGAGAGUGGCUCUACCGAAAGAACUCAAGGGACGAUGUGGGCUGUCAUGAGUGUGGCGUUGGUUGCUAUCUGGGGGCUUUUGUAG